GCCACACCGCCGCGCCGCCGCCGAAGGCUCCUUGGCGGUAUCCCUCCCUUCAAGGAAGCAAGAGAACCCAUAGAACAAGACAACAUGCUUAGCCUGCAGCACCAAGAAUCCUCGUCCGCAGCAGCAACACCCGCUGCCGCGCCGCUUGGGUUCCUUAUCCGGCUCCCAUCGGCUGCGACAUCAGUGUCCCCGUCUGUGGUAGGGGUCCCACAUCCCAAGCCCCUUCUGGCACCCGUCCCGGCAGCACCGAGUACACCCAUCCCUCCACAUGCAUCUCCCAUCAACUACUCUUCUGACAACAACUCGUCCGACACCAGCAGUUCCCCUUCGUCCCUGCAUGACAAGCGCGACUCGAAGCGGUCGACCAAGUCCAAAUGUCCUCCUGGUCUGCGCAGUGGCAAGUGGACACCCGAAGAAGAAGCGUUCACGAACAAAAUGAUCCAUUUCUUUCGUCUGGGGCUGCUGGACAUUGCCGACGGCACGUCGUUGCGCUGGUAUCUGUCCAAGAAACUCAACUGCGAGGCGAUGCGCGUGACCAAGAAGCUCAAAGGCAACAGUUCCAUCGGCAAGCAGAUCUUCCGGGUGCUCGAGAGCUCAGUCGAGACGGCCAAGUCCAUCCAGAAGGCGGCCGAGGAGCUGCAGGUGCUGGAGGACGAGUUCUUCACGUCGCUGUCACUAAAGCCAGUGAGCGUCCCCCGGACAUCCCCUCCUACUUCUGGGCGACAACAUACCAAAGGAGAGCAACCACAGCAGCGACCGGUGCCCAGGUCAUUCCCUGACUUUAACGACGAAGCCGAACUGCUGCUGCACUUUUGCUUGUCGGCCCAUCGCGGCGAAAAGCGGAAGCGGAUCACUGGUAGUAGUAGUAGUAGCAAUGAUCAUCCAGCACUAGUAGCCUUAGUAGACGCACAAGCUCAAUAGUAACCACCUCCCAAACACAAUAGCACAACGUUUUAGUG